GAUCCGCUAUGGCCGAAGGUCGAGGAGGAACGGCGGAGAAGUUCCUUUCAGAGUUCCAUGGCGUCCGUCACAAGAAGCAGGACGGCAUCCUCUUCCUCACGUCAGUUCGGUUUGCCUGGGACUCGGGGAAUGGUCUGCAGGUCAACCAUCCUUACAGUCAGGUCAAAGCCCAGCGAGUGAGCUCAGAGACCAGCUCCAAGGUCCAGCUGCAGCUCAUCCUUGUAUCUGACACACAACUCAAUUUCCAUUUCACUGGUGACAGAGAGAAAGCUCUGGGGCAGAGAAACCGGUGCAAGGACCAGCUGCAGAGACUCCUGCAACAGACCCCUCCUGACUCAGACCUCCAGGCAAAGUCGGCCCUCCUGAACACCACUCCGGGACUACAUCAACUGUACCGCGAACUGGUGGUGGGAGGAGUCAUUACCGCUGAGGAGUUCUGGGAGAACAGAAUGCGGUCCCUGAGCACGGGGAAAUCAUCGUCAGAUCAGGAAACGGGUCUCCCGUCUGCGUUCCUGGCGGAGCUGGAGGCUGUGUCCGACGGCUCCGAUGGCUGCAACUCCAUGAAGCUGAGUGUCACCCACGAAGUGAUCGAGGCCAUCUUCCGCACCUACCCCUCGGUGAAGGCCCGACAUCGCCAGCUGGUCCCCGACAAGAUGAAGGAGGAAGAUUUCUGGAUCCAGUUCUUCCAGUCUCAGAGGUUCCACCGGGACCUGGGGCCAAAGAAUCUGCUUAGCAGCUGCCUCGCUGAGGAAGAGAGAGGUCAGAGGAAGGAAGAGAGUAAUGUUCUCAAUACUAGUGAUUCUCCUGAAGAGGGGUACAGUGUUUUCCCCCACUCGCCCCCUCCCUCCUCUUCUUCCUCCGUCACCCCUCCCUCCUCCUCUUCCUCGGUCACCCCUCACUCUCUGGUACAGAGAUGUAACCUCCACAGUUCCAUGGUCCUCCAGGCAAUUGGCUCCAGCUCUGGGUGAGCACUCUCUCCUAGGAACACUACAUUCCUCUUUACAGUGUAACGCUAUGUGCCUCCUUGUGUAUCAAAUGGUUACCUAAGCUAAUAUUUUUGCUGUCCUGUAUUACUGCCUGCCAUUUUCUUCUUUAACUCCUUUUCUCCUAUAUAUUUCUGAUUUAACUCCCUGUCUCCUCUUUACUACUGCAGAGGUUCGACAGUUCAGGUCGGCAGAGUAUGAUCCAAUACCCCUCAGUCAUGUGAUUGUCAUGUGACUUCUAGUCCCUAGAACCAGAGACGAUGGGGGGUGAGUCAUAUGAGACGAGGCUCAAGUUGGCCCCGCCCACUGAGACUGUCGGCUCUGCAGGGGAAGCAGUAGAUAUGGGGCAGCUGGCUGCAGAGGUCAUGCAGUGGACACCACAACAGACAGUGAACCACAGUGCCAUGUACUCCGCAGUCAGUCACCUGGUCCCUGGGGGUUCGUUAAUGAGCAGGGGAGGGGGCGUGGUCUCCUCGCAGCUGUCACCCAACACCAGGGACCAGUUGUACCAUCACCAGCUGGCUGUCAACGAGCUACUCCGGCAUUUCUGGGCCUGCUUCCCCAUUCUCAAUCCUCAGUUGGAGGAAAAGGCCCAGAGGAUGUCCAGCUGCCUCAGAGACUAUUCCGAGAAACUGGGAGCCCCGUCAGCUGAUUCCUCUCUACCUGACUCUCAAAUCACGUCCCAUCUCCUCUCCUGCAUACACACCGCUCUGCACAAAUACCAGAUAUGGCAGAAACGAAGAACUAAAACGUAGCCUAGUAUAAUUAUAUCGGUGUAAUGUAUGAAAAAUCAUCACUUCUCACUUUCAAUGCCCGAAAAAUAGAAAAAUAGCAAAAAAAAAUAGCAGCAACAUCAUCAUUCAAUGACUGGCAUAAAUAAACAGGUUGUUGAUUUGUGAGAGUGAAAGUCUCUCGCUACUAGUGAGGAGGUGGAGGUCUGUUGGGAGGUCUGGCUGGACGACUGGGCGGAGCUCUCCUGGUUGGCGUGGCUGGUGGGUGUGGUCUCUGGGGGACAGGGGGUCUGGAGGGUCGCUGGGGGACAGCUGGUUUGUCGCUCACUGAACUUGGGGUCUCUGUGGCAACCUGUCUCUGGGGGGGUGGGGCUGUGGGCGGGGCUUGGAAUGGGGGACCGGGAGGAGUGGGAGCGAGGUCUAGGGACUGGCUUCUGUUCAGAAGAUGGAGAACUCUGUAAUGUGGUAGAGCACAGGGCAAAACCUGACACCAUUACGGUCUGAGAUAGAGC